AGAUGCAAAUGCAGUGUUCUUCCGGGCCAGUAUAGAAAUGGAAAUUAUGUCUGAUCUAGAGGUUCCCGUUAUGACAGAGGCUGGAGCAAAUGACUCCAACCUGGUGGAUCAAGAGCUCCGUGAUAUGGAUGAGGAUCGUUUGUGGGAGAUGAUGGACGGCCAUCGCUACAGAAUUGUGCGUGGUGUUUGCCCAAGUCGGCUUACACCCUACUUACGGCAGGCCAAGGUCCUUGGUCAACUGGAUGAGGAAGAGGUGUUGCACGGUCCUCAGUUCACCAACAGUGCCAUGAGAGUGGGUCACAUGCUGGAUCUCUUGAAAUCCCGUGGGAAGAAUGGAGCACUUGCUUUUUUGGAAAGCCUAAAACUCCACAACCCUGAUAUCUAUGUGCUCAUCACUGGCUUGGAGCCUUCCAUAGACCACAACCAUUUCAGUGACCUGAUUGAGAGCUCCCAGCUGACAGAAUGCUUGGCCAAGGCAGUGAGCAGCCUGCAAGAAGAGCUGAGCCAAGAGAAGCGACAGAAGCUGACCCUCCUCCAGCGCUGCCGCAAGCUGAAGGAGAACACUGCCCGCCUGGAGGCCCAAGCUGAAAGCCUGAGGGGCAUUGAGGCCGAGUGCAACCGCAUGAAGAGGGAGCUCAGUGCCCACUUCCACGAGGCACUUAAGCUUAAAGAUGAACUUUACGGCCUGUCCUUACGCUACAGCAGUGCCCUGCAAGAGAAGGACCUGGCGAUCACCCGCUGCCAGAGCCUGCAGGAAGAGCUCUACCUGAUGAAGCAGGAACUGCAGCAAGCCCAGGUGUCGUCAUACUGCGAGAGGGAGAGGCCCCCAAGAACUGCUGGGGAUCUGCAACCGCAAACAGAUGAGCUUCUGAUGCUGAAAGAGGAGAAUGAUCGUCUCAAGUCACUGGUGGAGCUGGAGACCUUCAGUGUGGUACAGAAAGACAUUCUAGAGCAGAAUCUUGAUGACGCUCUGGAGGGCAAGCAGGAGCUGCUGAACCGUAUCCACUCGCUGCGGGAGCAGGCGGUGCGUGCUGAGAACCAGCGCAAGCAGUGCUGGGAAGAAAAGGAACACACGUUGAUUGAGUGCCAGAAGAUGAAGGUGGACUGUGAGAUCUACAAGGAGAAAAUCAGUGCCCUCCAGGCACAAGUGGCUGACCUGCAGAGAGAGAGAGAUCAGGCCUACAGUGCCAGGGACACUGCUCAGCUGGAAAUUUCCCAGAGCCUCCUGGAGAAAGAUUCGCUCCGGCGCAAAGUCUUUGAGCUCACUGAUGACAUCUGUGAACUCAGGAAGCAGGUGGGCCUGAAUGGCUCAGCCUUGACGCAGGUACCGGGGAAUGGGCCUGCCAGCUCUGAGCCCAGGGAGCACUGUCCCAAGAGGAAGCAGCGUCUGGUGCGCAUGUACGCCAUCUGCCCCCGGGAGGACAGCGAGGACAGCUUGUUGAGCAUGUCUGAGUCUUGGUCCGAUUUAAGCCACAGAUCAAGUCAAGAGCAAAUGGAGAGCUUCUGGUCAUGCUGUGCAGUCCCACCUUGUAAGCACUCCCUGCAGAGAAGAGCCAUGCAAGACCGCUCUUUUUCCAGGAGCAGUUCCCAGGAGUUUCUGGAAGAGGAUUUUGGUUUUGCCUCUGAGGAGAAAAUGGAGGACCCCAGUUUUGAUUAUGAGAUGCUGGGAAAAGAGGAUGCUGUUUCCCUGUGGCUCCCCAUGGACCCCUGCAUCUCAGAGAGUGUGCCCAUGCGCCGGCGGCUCGCACAGCGCUUCACAAGCCGCAUCACCACCAUUGCCUUCCAAGCCAACGCUUUGCUGGAGCAGAUCAGCAUCAUUGGGGGCAACCAGACGGGCAUCUUCAUUCAUCAAGUCAAACCUGGCUCUGCUGCAGAUGAAAUGUCCUUGUCACCAGGCCAACAGAUUGUGCUGGUGGAUUAUGGCGUCAUAGAACCAGGUUUCAAGGCUGUGCUGGAAGAUGCAACCUUUGAGGAGGCUCUUGAGGUCCUGGAGAGGGUGAAUGGCUUCUGCUGCCUGUCUGUGAGGCCCAACAUGGAGGGUUACAAGAAGCUGCUGAGCGACCUGAGCUCCAAACUGGUGACGUCCGGUGACUCGUUCUAUGUUCGGUCCAACCUGUGGCUUGAGAGGCAGGCAGCUGGGGAGCUUCUGGUGGGAUGCCAUGACAUUCUGCACGUCACUGACACUGUGCGUCAGGGCCAAGCCCAGUGGAGUGCCUGCCGGGUGAACCCCUACACCAUGAAGGACAUGGACGCUGGCACCAUCCCCAACUACUGCCAGGCACAGCAGCAACUCAUUACCCUGAUCCAGGAGCUGGCCCAGAAGAGCAUGGUCUCUCGCAAGAAUUCUGGGGUGCAGCCCAAGUUGGUGCGAAUUGUGAGCACAGAUAACAACAAGAUCAACCCACUGUGGUCAUCCAUGGACUGCAAUUUGUCAGACUCCAGCAAGCCCAAUGGGCCCCCCAAAAGCAGCCUCCACACCAGGCGAUGUGUCAGCCUAAUGCCAUACACUUUGGUCAGGCCUUGCAGACCUGGCCGGCCACGUCCGAUCCUCUUGGUGCCUACACUUGUGGGGAGGAUCCUGGCUGACAAGCUGUGCCUGUCCAAGGGCCUUGAGAAAUGUCCAGCAGAGCCCCAAAGCGAAACACAGGGCAGAGAUAUCCUGCCUGAAAAAAGAGAGACAAAUAGCACCUGUUGCAUUCCUCGUCAAGCUCUGGAGAGGCUAAUGCAAAAGAAUGUGCAUGGCUGGCUGGACCUUGGCCUGGAGAGUGUGCGGGAACUUCUGGCUAUGGAAAUGUAUCCCAUCAUUAUCAUGGUCACCAUCAGCGAGAAGAAUGGCAAGAAAUUCAGGAAAUCCCUACAACGCCUUGGAGCAACAGAGGAGCAACUUCUGGACAGUGCCCGGAAAGAGGAGGCCCAGCUGGAGACAGUGUCCUGCCUCUAUGGCACCAUCACCCCCGAUGCCUGGAGUGACCUCGAUGCCCUCAUCAGCUGUGUCCGCCUGGCCAUUGUGGAUGAGCAGAAGAAGGUGGUGUGGGUGGAGCAAGUGCCUCAUUGA